CCGGCCGCUGUCCCUGCUGCCACAACCAUGAGGGUAGUCUCUGGCACCAGCCUCGUGCUCUGCGGCCUGCUGCUGCUGCUCCAGCCUCCACGGAACCUCGGCCUCACCCCCCAGUCCAGAGGGCACCUCUGUCGGACGCGGCCCGCGGACCUGGUGUUCGUGGUGGACAGCUCCCGCAGCGUGAGGCCCGUGGAGUUUGAGAAGGUGAAGGUGUUCCUGUCCCAGGUCAUCGAGUCGCUGGAUGUGGGGCCCAAUGCCACCCGGGUGGGCGUGGUCAACUACGCCAGCGCCGUCAAGCAGGAGUUCCCGCUGCGGGCCCACAGCUCCAAGGCCGCGCUGCUGCAGGCGGUGCGCCGCAUCCAGCCGCUGUCCACAGGCACCAUGACCGGCCUGGCCCUCCAGUUCGCCAUCACCAAGGCCUUCAGCGAAGCGGAGGGCGGUCGCUCCAGGUCCCCCGACAUCAGCAAGGUGGUCAUCGUGGUGACGGACGGGCGGCCCCAGGACAGCGUGCGCGACGUGUCUGCGAGGGCCCGGGCCAGCGGCAUCGAGCUGUUCGCCAUUGGCGUGGGCCGCGUGGACAAGGCCACACUGCGGCAGAUGGCCAGCGAGCCGCAGGACGAGCACGUGGACUACGUGGAGAGCUACAGCGUCAUCGAGAAGCUGUCCAAGAAGUUCCAGGAGGCCUUCUGCCUGGUGUCAGACCUGUGUGCCACAGGGGACCAUGACUGUGAACAGGUGUGCCUCAGUUCCCCGGGCUCCUACACCUGCGCCUGCCACGAGGGCUUCACCCUGAACAGUGAUGGCAAGACCUGCAAUGUCUGCAGUGGAGGCAGUGGCAGCUCGGCCACUGACCUGGUCUUCCUCAUUGAUGGCUCCAAGAGCGUGCGGCCAGAGAACUUCGAGCUGGUGAAGAAGUUCAUCAACCAGAUUGUGGACACCCUGGACGUGUCCGACAGGCUGGCCCAGGUGGGGCUGGUGCAGUACUCGAGCUCUGUGCGCCAGGAGUUCCCGCUGGGCCGCUUCCACACCAAGAAGGACAUCAAGGCGGCCGUGCGGAACAUGUCCUACAUGGAGAAGGGCACCAUGACCGGUGCUGCCCUCAAGUACCUUAUCGACAACUCCUUCACUGUGUCCAGCGGGGCCAGGCCCGGCGCCCAGAAGGUGGGCAUUGUCUUCACUGAUGGCCGGAGCCAGGACUACAUUAACGAUGCUGCCAAGAAGGCCAAGGACCUCGGCUUUAAGAUGUUUGCAGUGGGAGUGGGCAAUGCCGUGGAGGACGAGCUGAGGGAAAUCGCCUCGGAACCUGUGGCUGAGCACUACUUCUACACGGCUGACUUCAAGACCAUCAACCAGAUCGGCAAGAAGUUGCAGAAGAAGAUCUGUGUGGAGGAAGACCCCUGUGCCUGUGAGUCCAUCGUGAGAUUCCAGGCCAAAGUGGAGGGGCUGCUGCAGGCCCUGACCAGGAAGCUGGAAGCCGUCAGUAAGCGGCUGACCGUCCUGGAGAACAGAGUCGUCUAA